GAGUUUUUAAAACCUUAUGAUUUUUAUCAUAUGGACAGAGGGCAUAAAAUUCAUCAACGCUUAUUGGUCUCAUGGAAGUUAUUACCUGUUUUUCAUUAAAGGAGCCUUUACUCCUACCAAAGGAUCUCCUAGAGCUGCAGGAUUUGAUUUAAGGAGUGUCUACAGUAUAACUGUACCUGCAAGGGAUAAGGCGCUCAUAAAUACAGGUCUGAAAUUUGAAUUGCCUUCAGGAUGCUAUGGAAGAAUAGCACCUAGAUCAGGAUUAGCUUCAAAAAACGGCAUCAAUGUUGGAGCUGGUGUUAUCGAUCAAGAUUAUAGGGGAAUUGUGAUGGUUCUACUCUUCAACCAUUCGAAUGAAGACUUUCAAGUAAACGUUGGAGAUCGUAUAGCUCAAUUAAUUUGUGAGCGUAUACACUAUCCUGAAUUGGUUGAGGAAAAAGAACUUACCCAUACAGAACGCAACACCAAUGGUUUUGGAUCAACAGGGCGAUAAUAAAAACCUAGCUCUAAGUGUUUUUUUUUAUAUAA